AUGGCGAGCCGAUCAUUCAAACCUGCAUCGUAUUUGGCAUCCGCUGCUCAGCAGGCGCCGAACCGGAGUCCGCGGCCAAGCUUUACGAGAUCCAGCAGUAAUUCCAGCACCGUGAGCACCAAGAGCGAAGACUCCAAUAUUGUGGCAGGCAUUCGAGGAUUGAGCAUGGUGGACGGGAAGGAGAAUGGAAAGGGAAGAAGUGAGCAUAUGGGACCCCCACGGUCUAUAACACCAGUCAACGGCUCGUCCUCUGUUUCACACAUUCCCCUCCUUGACACGCCCGGCAGGAAGAGAAGUCAACCUAUAGCAAUCGAACUGCCUUCACGAGGAACAGCUGCAUACACACCCCUAUCUGCACGAGGAGAUCUACCCGGUGGAUAUUUCCCAAACCACGAAGAGAUUACAAUAUCAUAUCGCUCCCAUCCAUUCUCAAAUUACCACGGCCGAUCUCAUCAAAACGAAUCAGCAAUGACUAUGUCACCGACCUUCAGUCCUACAUCAGACACCACCCCUAAGAUGUCUACUCACAUGCUCAGCUCCUCUGCAUUUGGCCAACUGUCUCCCACGAUACCCGACACCCUUCGCAUCCCCAUGGGCAAAUACCAUCCCUCGAACUAUAAAUCACCAGCCUCAACUGAAGUGUCCACUCCCACCACAAACCCACGAGCACCACUUCCUCCCACCAACCUCUCCAUUCCAGCUACGACCAACAAGAGAAGCUCGAAGGAGCGUCCUGGUCAUGAGAGGAGGUCAUCGGAUAUCAAGCGCAAGUUGCAACAAUACCAACGAGACAUGAUUGCGCAGGCUAGAGCUGCCGCUCCAACCACAAAUGAUGGUAGAACCUCGAAGGAACCCAACAGUCCACGACUACAACCGCUGGGUAGUCCGGGCCCUAUCACUCCGUUUGAACUGGAGGAGGCUGAUGGGUAUAUCGUUGCUGGUAGCUCUGCUGUCAGAAAGGAGAAUGAGAGACAGUUGGAGAUGAUGCUCAACAAACCUUAUACCGGUGCUAAGCCUAGUCCGGCCGAGAGACGAGUAUAA